AUGGAGGCCUCAUCACCCUUGGCGGCUCUGCACCGCCCCAUGCUUCCCGCUCCUGCCUGGGGCAGCAGGGACAUCUUUCGUCCGCGGCCGCAUUCCCUGUACUCGAGUGCUGCCGGCGUCGCCGGCUCCUUCAGUCUUCGUGAGCAGCUGCACCGGGGAAGUGCCGAUUACUUCAGCGUCAAGGAUGUACGGGGCUCAUCCCCGGCCGCGAGCCUCGCCGCCGAUCUGUCCCAGAAUUUUCGCAUCGACAACGAAGCGAGUCCUCACUUUCCCACGCCCAGGCGUGCACUCUUCACGGCCAACCUGAUGGGCGGAAUGGAAAGCCGACGUAAGGCCACUCCCCCACCCCCUUCGCCGGCGAACCGUCUCGUCCUCGCGGGCCGCCAUGCUGAUGUUGACGCAGAGUUUGUCACCACGCCGCCCCUUCCGUCGUCCUCGCCAGGACCCAUGACCGAGCUCAUGGAGAUGUCGCCGCUGCCGCACAAGACGCCCUUCUCCACCCUCGUCGAGGUCAGGUCGCCGACGCCCAUCUUGACCCCCACCGUGGAGGACAAUGAUGAGAUGGUGCUCGAUUCUCCCGCUCCCAUCACCCGUCAGGGCUCGCUGGAGCCGCCGAAAUCCAUAGUGGCCGACCGAAAGAUUGCUGCUCCUCGUCGUCCGUCUCUUAGUCGCAUGAAAGGCUUGAGCACAACCGCCGUCGUCCCCGUGAGGGCCCAGACCGAAGCCCCGACGCCUGCCUUCCAGUUUGGCGGCGACUCUACCCUGGGCCACCUCGACCCCGAAGAAGCCUCCUCGUCGGGCCUCCAGUCCGUCGUGGACAUGGAAGAAGCCUACGAACUCGUGCUGCCGCAUUUCCUACCCGAAGACCCUACGGAUACGAUCCCCCGAAUCUCGCGUGAGACGUUUUUGGAUAUCCUCGACGGCAAGUACACGGACAAGUUUGACCAGAGAAUGGUCGUCGACUGCCGGUUCGAGUACGAGUACGAGGGUGGCCACAUCGAAGGGGCCGUCAACCACAAUGACAAGGAACUGCUUGGCUCCCAGCUCUUCCAGACGCCCAUGAGUGGAAAGACGUUGCUCAUCUUCCACUGCGAGUACUCGGCCCAUCGGGCACCGCUCAUGGCGCGCCACAUCCGCUCCGAGGAUCGUGGUAUCAAUGCCGAGUUCUAUCCGCGCCUCAUGUAUCCCGAGGUCUACAUCCUGGAUGGCGGUUACAGCGAGUUCUUCAAGGAGCACCGCAACAGAUGCUUCCCUCCGGAAUACGUCGAGAUGUCGGACGAGAAACAUCAGCGCACCUGCGAGCGCGAGAUGGGUCGCCUCAAGGCUCGCAAGGGCCUGGGCCGCGCCCAAACCUUUGCCUUUGGACAGCGCGUCAACGACUCCCCGACGGCGCCUGGUCGACCGGUCUCGAGGCUGGCCAUCAUCCCCACCAUCGGCCACUCGCCUCUGUUCAACGACCGAUCUCCCGCCCGUCGACUGGCAUCGUACUGA